AAAUUACACUGAAGGCCGCGCGACUCUUCAAUGGCAUUUUUGGAAAAUGGGUAUAUCUAAUUACACUGAAGAAACCUAUGACUAAGUACUGAAAAAUAUUGCCACUCUUACAGGCAGCUUACAGAAGUUUUAAUUGUGUACAGUUGGAAUUACCAAAAGAAUCACAGAUGUCAUCAUCAGCCGGCGCGAAGGGAUCGAAAUGGACAGGCCAUUUGGAGUAUUAUGACUACCAAACAAAUACAGAGAAAAUUUUCAAGGAAGUGUCGCAGCUUAAAGACGAACUCUCCAAUGAUGCCAUCGUUAAAUUGUACAAAAUGAAUCAUCCGUUUUUAAGCGUAUUUAAGCACGAGUUUGUUAUAGUCCAAGCCGGCCUCUGGUAUCAUUCGAUCGAAAAGAACGCGGAAGAGAUAGUUUGGCAAACAUCACUCACAUUCAAAGACUUAUACAAGCUUAAAAACAAAAAGCGAGGAUCAAAAAUUCCUAAUGAAAUCCCGAGCUGUAAAGGGGCUGGCGACAUCUAUCUUUUUAUAGAUUGGUUGGAUGCAGGGAAACACCUGGAACAGAUUUACCAUGUUUUGCUGAGUAAUUGUCAACAUUUCGCAAAGCUUGUGUGCGAUGCUGAACACGAAUUCAAAAUAACAGAAACGCUGAUGUCAGAAACUGGCAGCUUAGGAUCGAUGUCAGAGGCAUGGAGAUCCAUGUUCGCGUUCUAUGAGGAACACAAGCAAGUGUUCCAGCUUAAAGACCUACUUACCGCCGACAAGAUCGUUGCAUACAACAAUUUUAAAGAACUGUGUUUUUGGGAACAAUGGUUUACCAAUAACAAUGUUAAUGAGCCAUCCAGGGAUCAUCGCAACGAGAUUGUUCAGACCUACGACCCUCAUGAGCUUAAUCACAUACUUGACGUUAACAGGAUCCUUCCAAUCUACAGCUCUAAAGAUUCGUCUCAUGUUAAGCCAUGGAUGGAAUUGCAAGUUUCGAAUGAUCAGAGCGAGAUGUUUCGGCCGUACGACCCCCAUUUACUCAUCAUUAUGUGUAUGUCUUAUGAAAUCAAGUCACAAGUACAGUUACUGAGUAAUUAAAGGCCACUGGCCCAUAAUACAUAACAUACAAGAACGGCAUGAAUUGUGUCAGGGUAAUUAAUCGAUACAAGCAAAGUGUAAAUAAAAAUCAUAUCAUAUUUCCCCUUAACCAUUAAUGUUUAGAAGGAGAUGGUAUACAUAAUAAGCUAGUUUUCGUAAAUCUUCAGAUUGAUUUGUGUUUAAUAACCUAUAAAAAUCUUCUAAUUCAGUACCAUUAGAAUACCAAUUAAAUAGAUAUUGCGUUCGUAUGUCAUUAUAUUUACAACAUAUAAAGAAUGCAUGGUAUUCACAGUCUAAAACAAAAAUGUUAAUAUUAUCUAGACAAAACCGACAAACGCGUUCUUCUCUUGGGAUAUUAUUAUGCCUACCAGUUUCAAUUAACAAUUUAUGAUUUGAACAUCUAAAUUUGCUAAAAGCUAUUUUGUGUUUGUAAGGUAUGUCUAAAGAUAAGUAACGUUCCACAUUAAGCAAAGUUUUGUAUUCUUUAUAGUGAAAACACCGACUGGAACUGUUAAUAGAAUCGUGCCAGUUUUGGUUGAAACAAUUAAUAAUUCUCCGUUUAAAAACACUGAUAAAUAUAGAUAUAUCGCCAACAUCUUGAGAUAUCCAGAUAUAACCGAAGCCAUACAUAAAAAGCAUAUUCUUAAUAUAAGUUGCCCAGCAAGUGCGUCCAACUUCA